CAGAGAUGUCAACGGCGAAAGCGGUGUUGGCGGCGGUGCGGCAGGGCUCUUUGCGGGGGAAGCUGGUGACGUCACCCACCGGAACCGCAUUCUGCAGCUUCCUGGGUAUCCCUUAUGCAAAGCCACCUGUGGGAUCGCUCCGGUUCAAGCCGCCUCAGCCAGCAGAAGCAUGGACUGGCAUUAGGGAUGCGACGUCUAAGUACCCAGUUGCUCCACAGAUCAACGAUAUAACGAACAAGUACGUCGGAAACGAGGACUGCCUUUUUCUCAAUGUUUACACACCAGAGUUACCAUCGGGAGCGAGUGAUGCCCUGAAGCCGGUGAUGGUGUGGAUCCACGGCGGGGGAUUCACGACGGGGUCUGGCGACGGUGACCUGUAUGGCCCUGACUACCUGCUGGGCCAUGGCGUCGUCGUCGUGACCAUCAACUACCGCCUGGGUGUUCUGGGUUUCCUGAGCACUGGAGACUCCGUGGUGCCUGGGAACAUGGGAUUCAAAGACCAAUUGAUGGCUCUGCGCUGGGUGAAGGAGAACAUUGCUGCCUUUGGAGGGGACCCGGAGAACAUUACACUAUUCGGAGAAAGUGCUGGCAGCAGGUCUUGUCACCUUAUCAUGCUGUCUUCAGCUGCAGAAGGGCUGUUCCAGCGCAUGAUAUGUCAGAGCGCCGUGGCGUUCCGCGGCUGUUUGGUGCCCAUGGCGGAGCGCACGCACCGGCUGGCCCGCCACCUGGGUCUGCAGCAGGGGGCCUCGUCCCACCAGCUAGCGGACUUCCUCAGAGAAAUACCCGCCAAGGUGCUCGUAGAGCAGGCGCCCCUGGCGUUCUCCGCACAGGACAAGGCGGCGCGUAAGAUGUUUCCCUUCCGGCCAACGAUAGAACCUGCCGACAGCGAAGAAGACGUCUUCAUGAGCGAAGACCCUUACGAUGUUCUGACAAGCGGACGAGCCCUCCCAGUGCCCACAAUAUUCGGCGUUAACUCGCAGGAGGGCUUUCUAUACGCUAAAGGGGUGAUGGGCAACGCGGCGGCGUGGCGCGACAUCGACGCUAAUUUCGAGGUCCUGGUGCCGGCGAGCGUGCGCGCCGAGAAGCACGAGAGGCCGGCAAUCGCGAGGGCCAUCCGCAACUUCUACCUGGGGGACAGGCCGCUCGGCGACGACACCUUUCAGCAGUACUCGCAGGCGAGGGGUGACCCUGUGUUUCCGUACGCUGCUCAACAGGUGGCCAAGGUGCAGCUGGCUCUUGCCCCAUCUACGCCUGUCUACUUUAGCUAUUUCGACGUAGACGCCAAGUUCAACCUAUACAAACAGAUGUUAAAACUCCACAAAUAUCCAGGAGCUGCUCACGCUGACGACAUCGCCUACGUUUGGAAGCCAAGGUUGCUGAGAAUCCCCGAACCGACCUCCGUAGAAAGGCGUACCAUCUCCACUAUGACCAAGCUGUGGACCAAUUUCGCUAAAACAGGCAAUCCCACUCCAGACCUGAAUGAUCCAGUGCUGGGUGUGUCCUGGCCAACUUUCAGUGUUGACAACGGGAAGUACCUGGAGAUCAGCAACAGUGGACUCGCCAUCAAGGAAAACAUGCUCAAGGACAGGAUGGACUUCUGGGAUGAUGUGCACAAUAAGAGACUGUACCUGCAGUGAGCGGCUUCAGUUUGGUGAUGCCCCGAACGACGUUGUCAUAUCGAGUACCUGAAAGCGAUUAUAGGAAUCGUUAGGCAAGUUUCAACAUCACCACGGAGAAUAAAGAAUCAGUGCAUUCUUC